CCCUCCGCAGCAGUGCCGGCUGACGUCACUUCCGGAAGCUCCGGCUCUUCAUUCUCUUUAGUGUUUGCCGUGUCCCUGUCAUCCCCCGGUCUCCCGGUACCGACCCCCCACCCUGAAUGGACUAGAAAGCUUUUACGCAGGGCCUGGACACAGAGGGACGGACAGCGAGUGAAGCUCUGGCAGUCCGUAGCACUGCGGACUUAAUACCCCCCCAGGACAGACACCAUCCUUCCUCUCCCGGCUCCCGUUAAGUGUGGAGCACAGAGACCGGAGACAUUGUCAGGGACAAGAGACUUCUGGCGCUACAGAAGAACCAGAUUGAAGUAACAGGGCAAGUUUAUGAUCAUUUCUAACCCCAAUCUGCACUGAACACUGUUACCUGCAAAGCAUAUAGCUCUGAUGGAAAUGAAUAUGUCCCAACUUCAGAAUACACCUGCCGCUCUCUCAGGGAGUCAACUCCUGAACAAGAACCAGCACUCUGCCCUCCCACAGACUCUGAGUAUUCCUCCCACUGCCAGCUCGCUGCCCUCAGAACAUGCAGGAAGACCGCACCAGAACUCUGCUUUACCGCCCCCAUCUGUGACGUCCGGCAGUGCAGUUGCAGUGUCUUCUAACAUGGCAAACCCCAAAGAGAAAACCCCGAUGUGUCUAGUGAAUGAGUUAGCCCGUUUCAAUAAAGUCCAGCCAGAGUACAAGCUGCUCAGUGAACAAGGUCCAGCUCAUUCAAAGGUGAUACCACUAGGACGCUGGCAGGAUUACAGCCUUCUUGAGCGAGUGGGAGAAGAUCGCCCAAAACAAAUGUUCACAGUGCAGCUCACUCUCGGGGACCAGUACUGGGAGGCCGAAGGGACAAGUAUUAAGAAAGCUCAGCACGCUGCCGCCGCUAAAGCCUUGGAAGGGACAAAAUUCCCUAAACCUACAGCCCGCCCUUCUCGUGGUGAGGGAAAAAAUCCAGACAGCAUAACACCGACAGUGGAACUAAAUGCAUUAUGUAUGAAGCUGGGCAGAAAACCCAUCUAUAAACCCCUGGACCCAUAUACAGGCAUACGUUCUUCCUACAAUUACAACAUGCGAGGAGGCGGUUAUCCUCCACGGUACUUUUAUCCAUUUCCUGUCACACCUAUCCUGUACCAAGUUGAGUUGUCUAUAGGUGGGCAACAAUUUCAUGGAAAAGGCCGGACACGGCAGGCAGCAAAACAUGAUGCUGCUUCCAAAGCCUUGAAGAGUUUACAGCACGAGCCCCUCCCCAAUAAGCAAGAGGUAAAUGGAAAUUCAGAUGAAGAAAACCUGAAUAAAUCUGAAAUAAGCCAAGUGUUUGAAAUUGCACUUAAAAGGAACAUGCCUGUGAACUUUGAGGUAACCAAGGAAACUGGGCCUCCGCACAUGAAGAGCUUUGUUACUAAAGUGUCUGUUGGUGAGUUUUUGGGAGAAGGAGAAGGGAAGAGUAAAAAGGUAGCAAAGAAAAAUGCUGCAGUCGCCGUACUUGAGGAGCUAAAGAAACUUCCGCCGCUGCCAACUGUUGAGAAAAUGAAACCACGAAUCAAAAAGAAAACAAAAUCAAUCGUAAAGCUUCCAACCAGCCCAGAGUAUGGGCAAGGAAUGAAUCCCAUCAGCAGACUAGCUCAGAUACAACAAGCUAAAAAGGAUAAGGAGCCGGAGUACAUUCUGAUCACAGAAAGAGGUCUCCCCCGACGCAGGGAGUUUGUCAUGCAGGUGAAGAUUGGAAAUCUGACUGCAGAAGGAAUGGGCACCAAUAAGAAAGUAGCCAAAAGAAAUGCUGCCGAAAAUAUGUUGGAAAUUUUAGGUUUUAAAAUCCCUCUACCUCCCCCAAAGCCAGCUCUGAAAACUGAGGAAAAAACCCCUGUGAAGAAACCAGGAGAUGGAAGGAAAGUGACGUUUUAUGAGCCUGGAUCUGCAGAAGAUACUGUUAAUAAUAAUAAAGAUGAUGAGUUCAGGAUGCCUUAUCACAGCCAUCAGCAGCUGCCAGCUGGAAUCCUCCCCAUGGUACCUGAAGUGGCUCAGGCUGUGGGGGCUAAUCAAGGACUUCACACCAAAGAAUUUAACAGGGUGGCCCCUAACCCAGCAAUAGCAACCGUGACGGCCAUGAUUGCAAGAGAGUUGCUGUACGCAGGCAACUCCCCUACAGCAGAUGCCAUCCUAAAGAGUAACAACACAUCUGCUCAUGUAUUGCACGCUCCACUUGCCAGACCUUCUGAACAAUUACAUUAUCUAUCCAGCGUGCAGGGAAUACAGGUUGAGUACAAAGAUUUCCCGAAGAACAAUAAAAACGAGUUUGUUUCUCUCAUCAAUUGCUCCUUCCAGCCACCACUGAUCAGUCACGGCGUUGGAAAAGAUGUGGAAUCCUGUCACGACAUGGCUGCAUUGAAUAUCUUGAAGUUGCUGUCCGAGAUGGACCAACAGGGUACAGAGGUGGCAAGAACAGGGAAUGGACCAAUGUCUAUGUGUAUGAAACCAGAGAUGGAAAGUGACCCUCUCAUCAAACCUGCUAAUUCAAACACGCUGGGACAAACACUGAACAGCACGGCCUAACCUCCGUUUCUGACUGGACCUAUAAAGCACCAAGGAAAAUCAAAUGUCCCUCUUUUUAUAAACUUGCAAUCUGUCCGGCUUUCCGUCAGAACCCAGUGUGCAACUGGGACUGUAUCUUAGUUUUCCUCUAAUUUCAAAUUAUGAUUUAUUUUUUUAUUUUUCUUAAGUUUCUUAAUCAUAAUUUAGAAACUUUAAUAUAUUUCCUUAAUUGAUCAUAUCCUCGUGUGUGGUGAUAUAAAGAUAUAUAAAAUUAAAUUUUUUUUUUUACAUUAGUUUUAACGUUUGUUUUCAAUUAUGUAACGUGCCCUCCUGUUAAUAAUUACAUUGAAUUUUGUCUGACAAAUAGAAAAUUAACCAUUGUAGUAAUAAAUCUAUAUAUAUAUAUUUUUUUUUUUGGUAUAAGACAAUGUUCAAUCAUUUGAGUGUUUUUCUUAUUUUGUGUAUGUGUAAACUAGUUUACAUGAAGUAUUUGUAAGGUGCACAGACUAUAUCACUGCAUUACAGGAUAUGAUCUAAUUACUGUAUUUAACAAUUGCUUGAUUUGAUUUUCUUUGUGUGCUUUAAACCAAUUAAUUACAUCUCCAUGUAGGGCUGAAAAAAUGCCUCUGUUUCUAUAUAAGCUGUGUUGCUUUAGAUGUCUUUAAUUGCGUACCCUGGCACACGCAGUACAUUUUCGCAUAUUGUCUAUUUAAAGCACGAUGCGUCGCCAGUUUAGUAUCGCUUCAGUUCAUUGUUUACGCUGGAAUUUUUUCACCCCAUGGAAUGUAAUAAACAAAAAUAGACAAAAACUAAA